ACAACCGUCCCUUCGGCACUGCAUCCGCGAGUGGCGGUCAUCUUGGGGGUAGACCGAAAAUGGUAUCUACCUCUACUCAUCUGUCGUGCUCUGAGCACAGUACCGGCAGCGUGGUGGGGGCUUCGGUGCGCCUUCACCUUCCUGGCUGAGUUGCUCUACAUCCAACCGGGAAUGGGGCACGAAGGGUGGACGGCGGCGAUUGUCGAUAGUAUUAAUCAAGAGUGGGAUGUUGAAAGAAGAUUCCGGGUGACUGAAGUGGCUUUGGCGAUUAUGUGGUGCUGUGCAUCUGCUUACCUUUCGUAUUUUUUUGCUGAUUGUAUGAUGUCUCGAUGGCUUUUGAAUUAUACCCCGCCGGCUGUUGUUAUUCGUCUCCUCACCACCAACGGGUUGAUUGCUUAUAUAUCUUCGUGGGUCCUCUACCUUUCAGGUGCUUCUUCGGAUCCUCGCCUUCUCCUUCCAGCCUGGGUAUCCAUCACAACCACCCUCACAUUCCUUUACCAUGCCACGCAAAACCGCGCCAUGAUCAAGCGCGAAACAGCAGCAGCCCUUUUAGUAGUCUCCGUUGCGAGUUUCGUGAGCAUGUCCUCGCUUCUGCUGCAGUUACAUCUGACUCGGGAGAAUGAACCGGAGGUUCCGAUCUUUGUUAUCACACGGAAGUUAUGGGACUGGGCUGUUGCAAUUUUCCUUCGCAUGCGGGUGGCAGAUGAUCGAAUUGGGGCGCGCGAGUUGUGAACGAUGUCUUGAAGCAUAUGCCUUAGUUCAAACCGAGCACAUGAAAUGAGAGACCAAAAACCCCUUGCCUAUUCAUCUACCUUCCUACU